AAUGUACUUAACACGAAGUUUAGCAACAGCGGCGAAUAGGGUUCCUUCACGCGCGUUUUUUGGUGGGUCUGUUUACAGUGGGAUGUUUGAUGGGUUUACGGUACGAGGAAAAAAUGCGAAAUUGGACGUUAGAGCGAUCAUGCCGAAGUUGGAGAGGAAAGAUGAUGGUGCUGUUAGUGUGGCACGGGAGGGCAGAAUCAAAUGGACUUUUACUGGGAAUAACUCUGCGAAGGGUAUUACAGUGUCGCUACCACCAACGACUAUCGGUUCCCUACUGCAGGCCACCACUACUACUAAGCUCUCGUUAGCUACGUUCUGGAAGAUGCCCGAGUACGCAGAUCCCAACAUUCCCUGUAAGAUCGAAUUGGAGCCUCUAGCUGGGGGCGAAGGGCUUCUCAUAUCAGUAGCUCAGAAGCCUGAGGAAGAUUCGCAAGAGGUCCAAAAAGUGUCCGUUGAGGCUACUGCUGGAGAAUUGAAAGCAAUGCAAACGGUUAUGGAAUCUAUGCUACCUUCGCUCUAUGGUUGGAAGCUCAUUCCCGUAGAUGUGCAAGGAGAAAACGGUAACGGGGAUGUUGCUGUUGGAACCUCUAUUACGGAGGACGUGAAGAAGCCGACAGGACCGAGCGUAGAUGACUUCUUCGGUUGAAGCAUGGGGGGUUGACUCUAGAUGGAACAGCGUAAUUUGACUGAUUCAUCCGCAGACAUUUAUGUAUUUUUUAAAGUCUCUC